UACAUGAAACACGCCACAAGGUUACAGUGCGGAUCAGCGGCGCGUUAUCGCUGAUUUACUCCGCUCCGCUCUGACUGAUGCUCCGGACGCGCGCCCUGCACGCACGCACCCUGGACUUUUGGGGGCUUUUGCGGGAAGAAAGACGACUUGAAGUAGUUUAUCAGGAAGGAAGGUGGGACACUCUUGUUUGCCAUCCUCAAUCAACUGUGUAUUUUCUAACCUGCCUGAGAGACCUUACACAAGAAUGAAGUUAGCGUGUUAAGGAUGGAGAAAUCUAGCCUGUGCCUUGGUGUGUCCUCAGUGGUACCUGAAGGUGAUACCCAUCUCAACGACAGUGUCCUCAAUGGCCGCUAUCCCAUCAGCCAGAAGUUGCACCAGCUGACGGCUCAGUUGGGCCAUACCUUCCCAGAACUCCACAAAAGGCAGCAGAUACAAGAAGAAAAAGCAGCCACCCCACUGGAUGAAAAAACUCACACUGCCCUCCCAGGUCAGCCUAUUAACAGUCAAAUGGCAAUGCUAGCCAAUCAGCUCAACAGGGAUGUCAAUGGCAGUGGUUUGGGUCUGAAUGGGAGAGUGGAUCUCCAGCAGUUCCUGAAUGGGCAGAACCUAGGCAUCAUAUCCCAGAUGAAUGACAUCGAGGACGAUGCUCGCAAAAACCGGAAGUAUCCAUGUCCUCUUUGUGGGAAGCGAUUCCGCUUCAAUAGUAUCCUCUCACUGCAUAUGCGCACUCAUACAGGGGAGAAGCCCUUCAAGUGCCCAUACUGUGACCACCGGGCUGCGCAGAAGGGCAACCUGAAGAUUCAUCUGCGCACUCAUAAACUGGGCAAUCUUGGAAAGGGCCGUGGGAGAGUGCGUGAAGAGAACCGGCUCCUGCACGAACUUGAGGAAAGGGCCAUCCUGAGGGACAAGCACAUGAGAAACAGCCUCCUACAGCCUCGGAUGGAUGUAAAACCACCAUCCCAGCCUUUCCAGCAUCAGCAGCUUUCCAUUCCAGGCCAAAAUCAGCCUCCCAGUUCUGACUGCAGCCUCCUAACCCCUAUCAACCUAGGAACAGCCGAAAGCUUAUCCCAACCAUCAGCUUCCCCAAAGUUAGUAAACUCCCAGGAUGAGCAGGCAACCCCAGCCACAGGCUUCCGCUGCACUUUCUGUAAGGGUAAGUUCAAGAAGCGCGAGGAGCUGGAUCGCCAUAUUCGUAUCCUGCACAAGCCCUACAAGUGUACAUUGUGUGAAUAUGCUGCUUCACAAGAAGAGGACCUUAUCCUUCAUGUGGAGAAGGCCCACAUCACAGCUGAGUCUGCCCAAGGUCAAGGCUUCAGCAACAAUGGGGAGAAGCCCAACAAUGAAUUCCGCUGUGAGGUAUGUGGCCAAAUCUUCAGCCAGGCCUGGUUCCUCAAGGGACACAUGAGGAAGCACAAGGAUUCCUUUGAACACUGCUGCCAGAUCUGUGGCAGGCGCUUUAAAGAGCCCUGGUUCCUGAAAAACCACAUGAAGGUCCACCUAAAUAAGCUGGCCAUCAAGAGCAAACCUCCCAGUGAAUCUGAAAUGUCCAUCAACAUGAACAACAUUACUCAAGAAGCUCAUGCGAAUCUGUACUCGCGAUAUAUUUCUUGCCUGCAAAGUGGAUUCCUCUCUGCUGACAAGAUGAGUCUAUCCGAACAACAACAGAUGCUUAAUAAAGCAGGGAUGGCAGUGAAGGAGAAGGAGAUGUUGGGGAAGCUUUUAGGUCCAAUGGCAGGCAUAAGUCACGGGCUGGCAGAGGGCGAAAAGCGUUCAUUGUUAGGAUGCCUGAAUCUGGUUCCCCCUCUGAAGUCCAGUUGCAUGGAACGCUUGCAAGCAGCAGCAAAGGUAGUGGAGAUGGACCCAGUCAACAGCUUUCAGGCUUGGCAGAUUAUGGCACGCAGUAUGGCUAUGGAUCGGGCAUACAUGCCCCAAGAGCAACACCAUGGUCCUCAAGGACAGAAUGAAGACCCAGCAAAGAGUACCAUUGCCUUUGCAAAAGAGAAGCACAGUUAUUCAUUAAUGGGCUCUGAAGGCUCCAAACAGUUAUUGCAUAUGGAAACAAUUAGUGGCACUAAGGGCGGAAGUAUGGGGUCCUCCAAGGAUGAUGGUGCCUUUGACAGCCACCGAGAGCUUGUACACCAUGGCGGCCUAGGCCAGGGCUUGGAGUAUAGCCUGGCUAACCUGAAAGAGAAGCCCAGUGAGUGCACCGACUGUGGACGGAUGUUUAGAACAUACCACCAGAUGGUGGUCCACUCCCGAGUGCACAGCAAGGAGCGCCAGCAUGUGGAUGAGGGCAUGCAGACAGGCGCCUGCUUGGAUGAGCGCCGUGGUUCUGCGAGUGACCCAGAGUCUCAAUCCAUGAGCAGGUCCACCACCCCCGGGUCCUCCAACAUCACAGAAGAGAGCGGAGCUGGUGGAGGCAUAUCACAGACUGGCAGUGCCCAGGAGGACAGCCCACAUCCUUCUUCCCCUUCCUCAGAUGCUGGGGACGAGGUAGGGAGGCCAGCAGGAUUCCAGCAACCCCCCUCGCAGCACAGAGACAGAGUGCCGGGGUCCACUACAAAGGACUGCCCGUACUGUGGAAAGACUUUCCGGACAUCCCACCAUCUGAAGGUCCACCUGAGGAUACACACAGGUGAGAAGCCUUACCGGUGUCCUCAUUGUGACUAUGCCGGGACACAGUCGGCCUCACUGAAAUAUCACCUGGAGCGCCAUCACCGGGAGCGCCAGAAUGGUAGUGGACCCUUGUCCGUGCAUUCCCCUGAUGGCAAGGAUGAGCAUAUUAGUAACAAAAACAGCCUCUUCAUCAGACCAGACGUUCUGCGCAGUGUUUUUAAGGGACCUUCUACCAAUGUGGACUUCAGAGAGAGUCCACUGGCACCACACCGUUGGACGCCCCCCGCAAUGCCCUCCUCCAGGGACCAAGAGCGAGACCGCCACAGCAUCGCUUCCGAAACCCUUCACGAGAACCUAAGAGGCAACUCAGACCCACUGACCGCGGAUGGCCCGGCAAGCUUCUCUGAGCUUGGUCAAGCCUACCAUAGCAUGUUGGGAAACGGAGGAGGAUUUCACGGGCCCCUGCAGGCCUUCAUGGACAACUUUGCCACAAGCUCCACGAAGAAGGACAAGGAACCACGAGAGAGCCAGCAUCCACCAAAACAGCAGCAGCAGAACUUUAGCCACGAGAGUGAAGAGACCAAUGCCAAGCGAGGCGAGAACAUUGCGGGGAAGGCAGAUGCCAGGCCGUCCAAUGGCAAACGUGAGAAAUCGCAGUACGAACCGCUAGAUCUAUCUGUCAGACCAGAUUCCAUGUCAGUGCCAGGCUCUUCGGUGACCAUCCGGGACAACAUGGCAUGGCAUGGCUGCCUGUUCUGUUCGUUCACGACUUCCUCAGCCGAGCUGAUGGUUCUCCACUUACGGGCCAACCACCUGGGGAAAGGCAAGAGAAAGGAUGGCAGCGCUUUGGACGUGAAAGGCACGGGCAAGGAACAAACGGGGGAGUUUUCCUCUGUUUGCAAAGCCAGCUUGGCUGCAGCCGCCCUUCCUCCUGGCAGCGAGGCCGUCUCCUCCAAGCAAGGCUCACAUGCAGAUAAGACAAACCAGCAAGAGAGGAGCAAGGAGGCCAGCCACCUGAACAGCACCAUGGUGACUGGCUUUCAAAAUGAUUUCUUCAAGCCGUAUAACAUCUACGACUGUUCCGGUAGAGGACAAGGAGUCCAGAAUUACUGUGGUGUAUUCCCAGCAUCCCAGGAUCAACAAAUGCAACCUUCUGAUGGACAGAGCCGAAGGUGUGCAGGACCAGGCAGCGGGGCCACGCCCACAGAGGAGUUGCCCGAAAACCCUUCUGAUGGUGCCUCAAGCCACGAGAUGGAGGUGUCCUCAGAGCAGGUGGAAGAAAAAGGCCCUGAUCGGCAAGAGUCCACCACAGAGGAGGUGGGCACUGAUGACGAUGAGGAUGAGGAAGGCAUGGAAGAGAUGGAGGAUGAGGAAGUCGGGAGUGGUGGAGAGUCCGUUCCAACACCAAAAGGGGCAGAAGCAAGGGAUACCCACGGGCCAGAGGCCGGUGCACCUCCUCUGCUGCCGCGUCUGGAGAAGCAGUGGCGAGGCCUCGGCUUGCUUUCAUCUCAAGGAGGUCCCCUGGGGCUGCCGCCACCGGAACAGACCCAUCUUGAGCAGCAGAUGAACAUGUUGUCUGUCCUGAGGGCCUACAGCGCAGAGAACCUUGCGGCAUUCAAUGGCUUUGGAAGCAGCUCAAACGCCACCAGUGGCAUCAAGAGGCCAGACGUGCCCGUUCCUCAUUGGGUAGAACAGGAGGAGGACGGCCCCCGGGUGCCCACCCUUGUGCUCGCCCAGGAGCAUAACCUAGGUGACACUGAGAUGAAGGAGGACUCUCUUAAAGACUAGUGCAAGACUCCAGGGAGAGCAGCCACCUGAUCAGCAAGCAAUGAAGACAUUUAUUAGUCAUAAUAUUAAAAACAAGUAAAUCAGAACGAAGAAAAGAGUAUAUAGCGAUGUAACGCGGCUUAGAGCCGCGUAUCGGGGACUUUUUGAACGCAGCGCUUUGCCAUUUUCGUCCUCAGUUGUCUUGUUGUGCAAGUGAAGUUAUGAGCUAUCCAGACAGUCACAUUCCGCCAGGUGGGUGUGUCACCCCCAGGCACGUGCUACCGUUGUAGACGUCUGCAGACCAACACCGUGUCAGAUGGGCAGCUUCUUGCUCCAGCCAGGAUCAGGAGUGCCGUGUCCAGAGAUCCAGUAGUCCAGGGCUUCUACGUGUUCUAGCAUCUUUUUGGAAUCGGAGACCAUGACGUAACCACCUCCAAAGGACCAUCUCAGUUGUUAACAUCAGACUGUCUCAUGAAAUGCAUUUAUUUACAUUCAGCAUGGGUUACAUUUGUUACUUUAGCCCACUUGCACAGCUGGACAUUUUACCUUACUGGAGCAAUGCACUUGGUUUAGUGCUCUGCUGAAAAGUACAGCAGCAGAGCAUCAUUUCAGGAUGUUUCCCGCUCCUUAGCUGCUUUUCUGCCUGCUGCCAUUCGACUGGAACAAGCAAACUUCACACACAUCUCCUUGGGUUCUUUUCAUGGUCUAUUGCCGCUGUGCCAAGAUACAGCACCCUGUAUACUAUGUGUUAGCUGACAGUCUAUGUGCUAAUAAACUAUAUCGAUGUGGAUCAUUUUAAUAAUAAUAAAAAGAAUCCAUUAUUUACGGAUAUGACUGAAGUUUGUGUUGCGGUAGCAGCUACUGCAAGGACAUUCAGGACUGUUGGUUUUUUAUUUAUUUUAUUUUAUUUUUUUUGUUACAGGGACAGUAAGGUAAACAGAGACACAGUACAGUAUGUGUGACUGAAUAUGAGUGUAAUUUUAUC